UCCUCUCUCCCUCCUGCCCUGCCCUGCUCCCCUCCCCCUUCCCAUUCCCGUGCCGCCGCUCCUCCCCGUCCGGUCUCCGCGCGCUUCCCUGCUCGCGCCGCCCAAUCACCCCGCAUCACAGAAAUUGCAUUGGGUUGGAUUUAAUCUGAAGAAAGAAGGCCUCAGGAUAUUUAGCUUGGCAGGCCCAGAGGUGCUUGAGAAAAGCUAUGUCUUUUGUCGGGCGAGUGGACCCGUCAACGACAUACGCAGAUAAUAUUUAUGUACAUAAAUUCGGUGCACCAAACUCAAACUUUGCUGGAAGAAGAUUUGGCUCUGAUACGCAGUUGUUCCAUUAUGGCCCCGAACCAUUCAAUUCCGAGGACUAUGGACAUAUGGGUUUCCCUGAAGCACCAUCUGCUGCAUUCCAGAACUCCUUCUACAAUCAGCAGGCCUCACUGACGCCCUGCUCUGAUGCAGCAAAAGACUCACCGGUGUGCUCCAAUAUCUCUCAACAGAACUCCCAGUCUAUAUCAGAUAAUCAGAGUUCUGGACUUGAAGUAGAGUUCGAUCCUGAGAUCAGGCUGAAGCUUCAAGAGCUGGAGCAUGCUUUACUUGAUGAUGGAGAUGACAUCUUGUUCGAAGUUUCUCAGGCGGGUUGCAUCAGUGAUGAAUGGGCUGACCCCAUGAAGGAUGUCUUGCUUGCAAAUUCUCCGAAAGAAUCGGAAUCAAGCAUUAGUUGUGCAGGUAGCAACAGCGGAGAAGCACGGACCCCAAAGCAGUUGCUCUUUGACUGUGCUACGGCAUUAGCUGAAUAUAACGUCGAUGAAGCGCAGGCAAUCAUAACGGACCUCCGGCAGAUGGUCUCAAUCCAAGGGGACCCUUCUCAUAGGAUUGCAGCUUAUCUAGUGGAGGGCCUUGCUGCAAGAAUAGUAGCUUCAGGGACAGGCAUCUACAAGGCAUUGACAUGCAAGGAUCCUCCAACUCUGUAUCAGCUGUCAGCAAUGCAAAUCCUCUUUGAAAUCUGUCCAUGCUAUCGAUUUGGUUUCAUGGCUGCGAAUUAUGCCAUACUUGAAGCCUGCAAGGGUGAACAAAGGAUGCAUAUUAUAGACUUUGACAUCAAUCAAGGCAGCCAGUAUAUUACACUGAUGCAGUUUAUGAAAGAUGAUGCAAACAAACCACACCAUUUGAGAAUAACUGGUGUGGAUGAUCAUGAGACAGUACAGAGGACUGUUGGAGGUCUGAAGGUCAUUGGGCAACGCCUGGAGCAGCUUGCAGAAGACUGUGGAAUAUCUUUUGAGUUCAGGGCAGUGGGUGCUGACAUCGGGGAUGUUACACCUGCAAUGCUAGAUUGCCGUCCCGGGGAAGCACUAGUUGUGAAUUUUGCAUUCCAGCUGCACCACCUUCCUGAUGAAAGUGUUUCGAUCAUGAACGAACGGGACCAGCUCCUUCGUAUGGUGAAGGGCCUUCAACCAAAGCUUGUGACCCUGGUUGAGCAGGAUGCCAAUACUAAUACUGCUCCAUUUCAGACAAGGUUCCGUGAGGUCUAUGACUACUACUCCGCCCUUUUCGAUUCACUGGACGCAACACUUCCAAGGGAAAGUCCAGAUAGAAUGAAUGUGGAAAGACAAUGCCUUGCACGAGAAAUUGUGAACAUCUUGGCUUGUGAAGGCCCUGAUCGCGUGGAGAGGUAUGAAGUUGCUGGGAAAUGGAGGGCGAGAAUGACGAUGGCUGGAUUCGCGCCAUGCCCAUUUAGCAGCAACGUCAUCGGAGGAAUAAGAUCGCUAUUGAGCUCGUACUGCGACAGGUACAAGUUUGAGGAGGACCAUGGGGGACUUCACUUCGGCUGGGGAGAGAAAACGCUCAUCGUCGCCUCUGCGUGGCAAUAGAUCGAGCUCGCUGACUUGGGUUGCAUUAGCACUGCUGUAUUUUAGGAGCUUCUGGUGCAGAGAUUGUAAAAAGGGUGUGAACCGCAGAGGAGUUCUUGGCUGAUCUAUCUAAUUUUAGGAGUCUGCUUGUCAGAAUAAUUGAGUUUGGCUGAUCGCCCGGGUGAACCAUGUUGUUCUGCUGUAGCAACUGGUCACACGAAUGUGUUGUUGUAUUCUGGGAUAGAAUCAUGACAUGUCGACUCUGCUCCAUGUAUAAAUCUAUUUAUGUUGCUAGAACAUAAUGUUGUGUCUGUUUGGGAACUAGAACAUGCAGUAAUAUAUGCACAGUUUGGCCA